UUUUUUUAUAGUAUAUCUAUAAUUAACAAUCAAUUCGAUUUAAUUCAAACACCCAGAACUUAGAAAUAUCUUAAUAAAAAUCCUCCUAGCAACAAAUUCGUUUUAAAAAAUUCCUUGGGUUGAAAGAGCCUUGACCGUAUGAGAACCACAUUUAGUGGACUUUGACCAUAUUGUAAUUGGUCUGGGGUUAUAAUAUCAAGCGGAUUUUUCAUUACCCAGCUGAUUUUAUUGCAAUUCAAUCGGCGUAAAACGCGUUCCCGGAUGUGUGCGUGGAGCACUUAAUUAAAUUUGGCUACUGGAGGAAUAAAAGCGGAUUCGCGGUCGUUCUCGGUCCUCAGAAAUUACUAAAUAGUUCCAAUCAACCAAUUAAAAAGCAAUAUGAUUGUUACUCAAACAAUUUCAUUAAUUUCUAAGAACACCAAAGGUUUUUUCAUUAACAAGAUGACGUUGGUUAUUAAUGCCCCAAAUAUGAGGGCUUUAUCAACAUUGGAAUUAACAAAAAAUAUUACUUUAAUAAGCGAUGAAAAAAAGGGUGUUACUAUUAAAAAUUUAAAAUUAACUCCUCCACAAAAUAGACCUUUGGUGGUGAUGCCUGUUUGGUUAUUGGCACAAAAUAAGCAUAUAUAUAAAUAUUCCAAGUUUUAUAUCGAUAAAGGUUUUGAUGUGUUAAGCAUUAAUGUUACGCCAUGGCAACUACUUUGGCCUGUUAAAGGAACACAGGUAGUAGCAGGCGACAUAUUAAAAUUUUUGGAUUCGAAUCCAAGUUACGCCCCAUUAACCCUCCAUGGUUUCUCAAUUGGAGCAUACCUAUGGAGUGAAGUUUUAGUAAGAAUUGCAGCAGAGAGGCAAAGAUAUCAACCAAUAGUAGACCGUAUAACAUCUCAAGUUUGGGACAGCGCAGCUGAUAUAACUGAAAUCCCAAUUGGGGUUCCCUUAGCUGUUUUCCCCAGAAACAAAGUUAUGCAAACAGCUCUAAGAUCAUAUAUGAUAUACCACUUAAAAACUUUCGAUAAAGUUGCUACUUGCCAUUAUAUUCGAGCUAGUCAAAUGUUUCAUACGAACAUGGUUCAUGCGCCGGCUCUAUUUUUUAUUAGUAAGAAGGACCCAGUUGGUGCUGUAACUUCAAAUGUAAGAGUUAGAGAUAGUUGGGAAAGCGUUGGAAUGAAAGUGACUUGGAAAUGUUUUGAUGAUUCUCCCCAUGUGGGCCACAUGCAAAAACACCCUGAAGAAUAUUUGGACGCUUUAAAUAAGCAAUUGGAUAGUGCCGGGAUGGUUAACGCUCGUGAAAAAUUGCAAGCAAAAUUAUAAACAAUUCUUAACACAUAAAUUAAUUUUAUUUUGUGUGUAUUACUUUUAGGGUGAAUUUAUGGUAUGUUACUAAUUACAGUAAAGGUGUUUUCCGUAAUUAUAAUAUCUAGAUUGUGAUAAAUACCACUUUUUAUACUAUGUAUAAUUUUUGCACUUAAUAAAUGAUUGUUGAAGGAAAUAUAA